AUGGGGGACGAAGCGAAUCACCUUGAAGAAAACUGUCGGUUUCCAGCUGCCGCUCAUCGAAGAUCGAAAGCAUCGCAAGGCCAGUUCAUGGCUCCUUUGGGCGGAGUGAUCGUGCCGAACAUCAGCGUUGACACCCCGGUUUACCACUUCUGUCCGACCGACGAAGCGAACGGCGUCAGUGGCUUCAAGGAAAGCGCCCCCUCGCAGACGAGAAGAAACACGAUCCACAUCGACCACAGUGAGUGA